AAAGAAGAAGAAGAAGAGAAGUGAUUCAGUUAGGAUUUUCGAAAUUAUUGAAAUUAUAUUUUGUAUGCCAUUUAUUUUUAUUAUUAUUAUCCAGAUAUUGAAUGAUACGAAAAUACUAAUAUGGCUUACAUGAAUUUUGUAAUUCCUGGAAAGAAGGAAGAUCUACUGAAAACCAGUGUUAGUGAUGAAUAUUCUGUGAAAAAUGUUUUGGUGCAAAGAGAACUAUCUCAGGAAUUGAAAAAUGCCAGGGCACUGCUACGUGAAGAGGGUGCAGAAUAUAUACUGAGUAAUUUUGAUGUUUACUAUUCUGUAUUUCAUCAUGGAGACAGCAUUUCAAUGGAUAUUGCUUAUAAAGCUUAUGAAGAUCUGCAUAAAGGAGCUACAGAACUGAACAAAGCUCUUGGUUUUAUACUGGAAGAUAAGGAGAGCUUGAAUGAUGAAAUGAAACUCAAGUAUGCCAACAUUCUCAAGAUGCUGUUGUACAUAUACACAAAGAUCAUUUUGUUGAUUGAACAAAAACAUUCACUUAAAAAUGACCAACUUCUUAAAGGCCGAAAAAAGAAAUGCAAUGAUGAAGAGUUUCUUGUUGACAAAAAAAGUAUUCUCUUGAUUUUAAACAACAUCAUGCAAAGAGAAAUUUCAUUUUUAUGGGAUAACCAAAUAGUGGAAGAAAGUUUGAUAAACCUAGUUUCUGGUAUUUGCUAUGACUUCUUACAAAAUCCUGCUAUCAAAAAAGAAAAGGAAGAAUUCACUGAAAUUUUCAAUGUGCUGGGGUACCUGAUUAAAUCAUACAACCAUGGUACAUCAUUUGUCAUAAGAGUCACUCAGUUGGUGAAAAUCCAUGAACACAUUUCCCAGUGUCUACCUAAAGGGAUACAACAGCUUGUGCAGGGGUUCAAUUAUAAGGGCCUUUUGCAUGAGCUGGUAGAAGAGCUGACUGAAUGGCAAACACAGACAGAUGACAAACAUCAAGAUAAUCAGGGUGCUAGGCAUUGUGCUGCAGUUCUAUCCUCCCUUGCUGCACUGAUGCCAGAUUUGAUGAUGCCAGAAGUUGUUUCUCUGAACAACUAUCUCUACCAUGAUCCACCUAGCUUACGGAUAUCUGUGAUAAUGGUCAUGGUUGAGGUUAUUUUGAAUAAUCUCACUAGUCACGAGCUUGACGAGGAACAGAAAAACUUCAGAGACGAGCUCAUAGGCAUUCUGAUCGAGCACAUUGAAGACAACUCGGUUUUUGUGAGGGCUAAGGUUUUCCAACAAUGGGCUAGAAUGCAAAAAGAAACGGCGAUACCUUUGAAAUUCCAACAGGAAGUCUUCGGCAAAAUUGCUGAGCACUUGUAUGACAAAGGAGCACUCGCAAGAAAGUGUGCUGCGAAUUGCGUAACAACAUUUUUGUCUUGCAAUGCAUUUAGUGCCAAUUUAAGUUUGUCUGCUAUGAAAGAGGAUCUGGAGGAAAAGAAAAAAAUGUUGGUGAUCGCUAAAGAGCAAUUCAAAGAUCCCAAAAUGGACAAACUGAUGGAACUGCAAUCUCAAUGGGAUGCCAAAGUUGAAAAACUGAAAAGUGUGGUGCACGAGGAAUUAGAGGCUGAUGAAAAUGAGAAUGGAGGCAAAGACAAACAAUUGCCUGUCGAACAAGUGCCUGAUAUUAUAAGAUUUUAUAUACAAAAUGAUAGUUUCAAAGAGGCUUUCCAGGUUUGCAGGGAAGCUAUCAAAGAUUCGAAGUUUCUGGAGAAAUACAUAGAAUCAGAAUCCCCCGAGGAAUCUGACCUCUACAUGACCAUCCUCUACACGAUAUUCUUCGACGUCACCAAAGUCGUCGAGCAAAUCCAAAAUCAGCAGUUCGCCACCGUCACCCAAGAGGACUUCAAUAAGCUGGACUCCCUGUCGAAGCAGGUGGACUUCUUGGAGAACUGCGUCAGUUUCCUGCAAGUCUUGGACGCAUCUCUGGACGUGAUGAAGGAACUGUUGGAGACCACUUCCAUAGCCGAUAUGCACGAGGCUAUCGAAUUUUUCAUCGCCGCUUACCAUUUCAACAUCGAUAGGGCCACGGAUGGCAUAUUGGCAAUGUUGAGGCUGAUGCAAAGAAAUGAACAAGAAAGAAAAGAUGCAGUCGUGGAUGCUUUCAAGAAAAUAUAUUUAACUUCUGAUGCUUCAAAUUUGGCAGAUCACUGCGUCACGAUCGUUAACCGUCUGAUAAAACUGGUCAAAUCCGUACCUGUCAACAACAUAGACGACCUGUGCGAAAUAAUAUCGGACUGGUGCUCCAAAGGCACCAUGGACAACGCCAUCAUCGACAUGCUGUGGCAGUACGUCACCGGCCGAGUGUCCGUCACCGAGGAAGACGAAAUCGCCUCUUUGGAGCUGCUCCGGAUGGCCGCGAUGGGCAGGAAGACGAUAAUCUCGCGGAACAUCAGUUUGGUCACCAAUAUCGGAUUCGGCGAAAGGGGAAGAAAAAAUAUGUCUCUUCUAUGUGCUUGUUGCAACUUGUUAUCUGUCGCAUUUGAAAAGGUCGAUAUCAAUAGUAAUAGUGCGCCGUUCAAAAUAAAAGCAGAUGACCAAUGUUUCAAAGAUCUGGUGAAUAUAUUGACUGAAUGUUUUUUCAAGCCUGUGGAAUUUUACCAUAAAGCAUUGUAUGGAGCUGUAGAUUUCGUCUAUAAGUUAUGUACAAAGCCAGAAGUGGUUUGUGAGUCUAUACUGAAGGGUAUCAUCCCCAAAUUGGCCAAAAAGCAGAAAGAGGAGCCAGAAAGUGGAAUCCCAAAUUACGCCGUAAUACGGUUGUGUCAAAUUGGAGGUUACAUUGCGCUGAAACAUUUGGAAUACAUGGAUGACACUACAUACAAGGAAUUGAAGCGUAGACAGAUGAUCAGAGAUCAGAGGAAAAAGGACAAAAAGGAGACUGGCAAGAGUGUUGCGAAGAAGAAAGGUGGAAAGAGGAAAUCUUCUGCCACCACUGCUAGCGAGGCAUCCUUGAUGAAUACUGUCACGAUGGACGAAUCUAUUAUGGAAGGGGCGCAAGCAGAAGACACCGAUGCCGAGUUCAUAUUGAACGUUUUGGAAAACGAUAUCGUCACAGGUUCCGGAGCUUUGGCCAAAUUAGCGCCCACUAUAAUACAAGUUUGCGAACGUCCAGAUGUCUAUAAGAGCCAAGAGUUGCAAUUCGCUGGAACGACUGCUCUCAUGAGGUAUAUGUUGGUGUCGAGCAAAUUCUGUAAGAAGCAUAUUAGGUUGGUGUUCACGAUUUUCGAAAGAACUCCGUUUCCCGACAUCAAAACCAACAUACUCAUUCACGUUUCUGAUCUACUCACCCGUUUUCCGAAUCUGAUUGAACCUUGGACUCCGAGAAUCUUCCAAAGCUUGACGGACCCUGUGCCGCAGACCAGGAAAGCCACAUUCUACACCCUCUCGAGUUUGAUCCUGCGGGACAUGAUCAGAGCGCACAGCCACAUCCCGGAGAUGGCGUCGUGUCUGGCAGACGAAGAGGCAGAGAUGCGAGCGAUGUGCAAGACUUUCUUUGUCAAGCUCUCCCACAAAGAGAACAACCUGUAUAACGCGCUGCCCGACAUUUUCACGCACAUCAUGGGACAGGAGUCGGUCGAUGACGAGGGAGUCAGAAGUACAAUGAAGCUCUUGUUCGACCUCAUGGAUAACGCCAAACACAUGGAACACAUCGUCGCCAGGUUUUGCGGCAAAUUCAAGCUGACAGAAGACAAUCGCCAUCACAAGAACAUCUCGUUCUGUCUCACCCUGGUCAAGUACAACGACAAGGCGUUGAAGAAGCUGAUAGACGAAUUUCCGACGUACAAACACCUGUUGCACGACGAGGAUAUUUACGGCAAUUUCAGGACGAUCAUGCAGACUUGCAAUAAGCCGCAAGCGGGAAGAGCAGAUCUCAAGCCGAUCGUUACGGAAUUGGACAACCUGAUCAAGUCCGUUUUCGAGCUGAACGAGAACGGAUUGAUGCCACCUCCUCCUCGUCCAAAGUCCGUGAAGAAACGACCGAGAACGAAGAAGAAGCCCUCGAACAGGAGGAAGAAUAAAUCACAUGAUUCCGAUGAUUCAGAGUGAAGUAUUGAAAUUGCAUUUCUUAAAUUAUUUCAUGCCAUGUUGUUGGUUAGUUUUGUACUAUUAAACGGUUUAUUUUUGUAUUGAUAAUGGGCGGAUUUAUUCAAAUUCUGCAGUC